AUGAUCAAAUCGUGCACGUCGCUUGUGGCACUGUUGCUAAUGCUGCUGCCAUCCGCAUCGUACGCCCAGCUGUCAUUCCACAACGAUCCCACGCAGAACAGCUUCUCGAUCAAGCUGCCCGCCUUCCAGCAAUCGUUUACGCGUUACUUCGGCAAUCAACCGCAGGGUGCACUGUUGCAACAACAACCGCAACAGCUACAGCAACAAAUUCCAAGCACACUGACGCAUCCGUCGCUUAUCGGUAGCCAGGCACAGGCUUAUCAGCAGCAGCAGCAACCGCUGUACUAUCAGCAGCCAGCAACCCAACAACAACCUCAACCAGAGUCACUCAACCGCUACGUGGCGCAGUUCCCGGACCAGCCGCACUACACCGUGCAGGAGAACUACAUUAACCCCAACAUUCGUCUACGCCUGCAGCAGCAGCGGCUUCUUCAGCAGCAGCAGCAGCCCCAGCAACAGUACACCGCGCCGCAAACCAACAAAUAUCAAGGCUUUACCGGCCCAACGUUUGCCCAACCCGUUCCAACGGCGCAGGAUGCGGGUGCUUACGCGACCACCAACCAGCAGCAACAGCCACAGUACGAGUACGUGCAGCAGCCAACCGGUGCGGACGCACAACAGGACCAGCCGCAGUACCAACCGGCAGCGGGACCGUUCGGUGUGCGGGGCCAUCAGCAGCAACCGGGUAGCGAGGGCGAUGUCUCCACCGGAGCAAAGCUGAUCGGUGUUGCCUACUCUCCGUCGAACGAGGUGUCGCAGGUGAAGUUCAGUAGCGGUGGGCUGAAGUACAACUUCUAG